AUGGCGCUCAAAUACUCAACAGGACAGAUCUCGAGGAGCUUGUCCAAAGCAACCACCUCAGCUCGCAAUGGCGCAUCGCCCCUCGCUCUGGCGCUGCCAAAGCAGUCCAACCCCCAAUUGAGGUAUAUGGCCACCGUUCCGCCUGUUACCCAGAACUCCGCCGGAUCCAAGGGCCCGACGGCGAUGGUGUUCCUCAACAUGGGCGGUCCCUCGACGACGGACGAAGUUGGCGACUUUCUGAGCCGACUCUUUGCAGAUGGUGACUUGAUUCCCCUGGGACGCUACCAGAACUACCUCGGCCCAUUCAUCUCGAAGCGAAGAACCCCAAAGAUCCAAAAGCAAUACGCUGAAAUUGGCGGCGGUUCCCCGAUUCGCAAGUGGUCGGAAUACCAGAAUGCCGAGAUGUGUAAACUUCUCGACAAGCUUUCCCCCGAGACCGCCCCCCACAAGCCCUACGUUGCGUUCCGCUACGCCGACCCUCUAACGGAGGAGAUGUACAACAAGUUGCUGGAGGAUGGCUUCGGAAAUGGAAAGGGUGGAAGAGCCGUCGCAUUUACACAGUACCCUCAGUACUCGUGCUCGACCACUGGCAGCAGCAUGAAUGAGUUGUGGAAGUGGCGGCAACGGCUGGAGGGCAAGUCUGCCACGGACGCGACGCCAGGUGACGGUACAAUCUCCUGGAGUGUAAUUGACCGGUGGCCGGUUCACCCCGGAUUGGUCGAGGCUUUUGCACAGAACAUCGAGGCCAAGCUUCUGGAGUACCCCGAGGAGAGGAGAAAGGAUGUCGUCCUCUUGUUCUCCGCCCACAGCUUGCCCAUGUCUGUGGUCAACAGAGGCGACCCUUACCCUGCCGAGGUCGCGGCCACAGUCUACGCUGUCAUGCAACGCCUCAAGUUCUCCAACCCCUACCGCCUCUGUUGGCAAUCACAGGUCGGCCCCUCCGCUUGGCUCGGCCCCCAGACUUCCGACUCUGUCGAGAACUACAUCCACAAGGGCCAGAAGGAUCUCGUUCUGAUCCCCAUUGCCUUCACCUCGGACCACAUUGAGACUCUGUAUGAGUUGGACUUGGAGGUCAUUGGAGACUCCGGCCACCCGGAAACCGUCAAGCGUGUCGAGAGUUUGAACGGAAGCCCGGUAUUUAUCAAGGCCUUGGCUGAUAUUGCUAAGGCUCACCUUGACAGCGGCAUUGCUUGCUCACCACAAAUGGAGCUUCGAUGCCCUGGUUGCAAGAGCGAGCGAUGCGCAGAGUCUAAGAAGUUCUUUGCAGGUCAACAAACAAAACUCUUCGGGGCUCAAGAGAAGAUUCUGGCGCAAUAG